AUGUCACCGAGUGCUUUAGAGUCGGUCCUUCGUUACGCUUAUAUCCAUGGAUACACGUGUCGAGAAUGGGCAGAACCUGUACGAGAUUACAAGGAUCAGGUCGAUGGCGAUAUUAGCACUGAACUUUGUGAGCUCUUACUGGGUCGAUUCUUUGCACAAACACGCGUAGCCGAGCCAUUAUUAGAACGCUACAUUGCCUAUGCUGCCACGGGGGACGACGAACAGCAUUAUCCAUUGACGUUGAAUCAACAAGAGUGCUUGAUCCCUCCCAUCACUUUUCUUUCAUGCCUUGUCAAGUUUGUCGAUACAACAGCUAUCCGCAAUCCACAUCAAUGGUCGCAUCUUUUAAAGUGCCUUCCAACAUUGUUAUCUGUCAUUGAUACCGACCAAGUGAUUUCUGAUCUAUUACAACAAAAAGACCAGCAACCAUGGCCACGGUUACUAUGCAACGUAUUCAUCAUGUUAUCACGGCUUGUGGCAGUCGGCUUGUAUUAUGAUUAUUACGCUCGUGAUAUCCUUCGCAAUAAGCAAGACACGACCAUCGUAGCAUCCGAUGAAGCAGCAGCAGGAUCAGGAUCGCCACUACCAUCAUCAUCACAGCAAUUCAACAAUACACAAACAUCAUCUUCAUACCCAUUCAAUUUUCCUUUAUCACAACCAUCAGGCACAUUCGACCCUGAUGCUACCCUUGAUUUGGAAUCAUUUGCAGCAGCCGAACCACCCACCAGUUUUGAGGCUUCAGCCGCUAGUACAGAUGGUCAUACAGCACGUGAUUCGACUCAAGGAACAACCACAGACACCAAUCGUAUCGAAACAGCAAAUGCUAUUUUGGCAGCACAAGUCAUGGAAGAGCUUGUUGAGAAAAAGGGUGCCAAACGGAUAUUUGAAAUCAUGAAUACUCAAAACAAACGAGAAGCUGGCAAAGCGGAGGAACCAUGGGCUACUUGUCAAGCCAUCUUGGCACCCCCUUCAGCAAACACACAAACCACCACCGAUGUAGCACAAAACACCCACAUUCAAAAGUUGCUAUUGUUGAUCAAUCGAUUGACGGAUCGUGAUUUGGAUCGGCGCAUGGCAGUGCAUCUCAAGUAUCAGGAAUUGGAGGAUGAAGGCACUGCAAGAGCUUUGCCUAGUGCAGGCUUAAUGGGUUUCCUAUAUCAUUUGGUACAAAUUCGACCAGGAUUAAGCGAUGAAUACAUCCUUGAUUAUCUCACAAAGAUGCAAACCAUCAAGGGGUCUUUUGAUGAAUCGUUUUAUUUGGAGAUCUGGUUUGCUGCAUUGACGGGUUUACGAGAAGCAUCCGAAUUGGGCCAUCAGCACACUAUGCAAGGGGAUGAUGGUAUGACUCAACCAGCGGAUAUUACCAUCAAUGCGAAUCGUCUUCUUUGGCGAAGUAUGGUAUUGGUCAAGGUUCCUUUUAUCAUCGAGCAAUUGUAUACGAGGAAGCAAAGCCAAUCUCGACAUUACUCGUUCCUGAAACGUGAAAAUGACGACCCUGAUACGACUGAGAUGAACCCAUUAGAAGCGUCCUUAAGAGAACUCAAGUCAUUCACGGGUUUAUUGAAAGGAUGCAGCCCAUCACUUGCAGCAUUGGAUAUGUUCGAGCCUGGAGCAUCUAAAUUACUCGAUCAGCUCAACAAUGGGAACAGCAAAGCAGAGAAAGAUGAUGGCGAUGAUUUCAUGAAUCUCAUCAACGACAUGAGCAAUACGGUCGAUUUUAAUACCCCAGCCGUUGCCAAAGCCAUUCGACAAGUAGCCAGUGAGGAUAUCUUCACCCAAAUCGUUCGCGUUUGCCAGCAAUAUGGACUUGUACAGGAUAGCGUGGCUGAUGUACUGGUGACAGUUCCCAAAACAACCGAGAUCAAGAGCGAGCAAAAUGAUGAUGGAGGAAUGGAUAUCAUUGAUGACUCCAUGAUGCUUGACUUUGGUGAUGAUAAUCAAAAUGCUAGCAAGAGCAACGAUUUGGAGGUUGUCGCACAGAACGUAGACCAACGCAUCAACGCUUUGAGAGAGACCAUUUCGAUGACAGGCAUCACUGAACUUUUGCAUAUUGCCUUUGUAUCCAUGGCUCAUACAAAAAAGAUUGUGGAUUUCGUUGUUGAGUUGCUACGAGACAAGGCAGAUUCACGUGACAUUUAUGGCCUGGCCAAGAUAUGCGAUGCCCUCAACAAGUGUCCAUGUGCUAUUGAUCUUAUUGGACAGCUUCAUCAUCCAUUUAUCUUACUUGAACCCUUGGAGCAAUUUUGCAACGAGUGGAAACCAUCCGACAGCGAAAUGGACGUCGACAAUCGAUCCAGUAGUGAAAGCGACACUGAUGAUGACAUGGAUGGUGUUCGCGUGCUCUAUGGCAAGUUUGGAAAAGUAUGGACGUUGGUGGUACUCAUUGUAAGAAAAUUCAAUCUUUAUCGCGAUAUACCGAGCGUAUUCAGGAACGAGGAUGGGUUCCUUUAUCGUUUCUUUACACAAGGACCUUUGAUUUAUGGCGUGGAUGCAACCGAUGAAACCAUUGAGGAAUUUGCACGUGAAUGGCAAACGGCUUUAUUGGGCAAUGGUGGCAUUUCCGAUGAUUUAUUAAGGUUUUCUACGCCACAGCAAUUACUACAAGCUGCUCCUACACUCUUUGCACGUUCCAUUUUGGUGUACGAGAAUGGUCAUCUUGGGGAAGAUACACUGAUGGGCAUUGUUUCCUAUUUCCAAGAGAGCUUCCUCAACUUUACAUUGUGCCCUGUGACGAUCAUGUACUUGUGCGAUGAUGUCUUGAUGCGCAAUCCAUCCGUGGGUGUAAAGUGUCUACACCAGCUGCUGAUGAAAGGUCGACCACCGCAUGCAUUGAUGCAAAUUUGUGGCAGCAACAUCCUUGGUGCAUUGAUGGGAUUAUCUGAACAAUUAAAGCAAGAGCGUAUGGUGCGACCUGCCUCUGUAGCCGAAAAGGGUCAAGAAGCUGUGAUGGCAUUGGAUGAACUUGUUACGCAAUUGCAAGCCCAUAUCAAGAAUAAGCUUGGCAUUGAAGAAAAGAGUGACCAAAAGCAACAUCACACGGAGACUGUAUCGACGGGCGUCACAUGCGACAACCUUGCACACAAGGCCCAAGAAAUGUUCCGUUACAUUGUCAAGAGCGGUCGAUCCAUGUUUAUGCGGGAUGUGGAUGCGGAUGUGGUGGCGUUGUGGGAUCCUUGCAAAGCACCCAAGAGUGUGAUUGUACAUUACUUGGAUAUGGUCAUGUUCCAAAUGGCAUUGGAUAUGGGUGGUCCUCAUUGGUUUGUCAACAUGAUUGUGGAACAAGUCCUGGAAGCCGGUAAAAGUGGUGGCGCUGUUCGUGCAGCUGAACUUGGCUCAUGCCUUAUCACCACCCCCUUGACGACGGACAUGGAUUCGGAUGGUUCCUGCUUUAAUCUUUUACGUUGUUUACUACAAGAUGUGGUGCCCUCUUUUCUCGAAAAAUGUGCAUCCGCCAAUGCAUCGUUUUUCCAAGGACAAACCCUCGGUGUGUUCACAGGCAAUUGUUUGGUACUGAUGCAUGAUCGUGGCGACCAACCCAAGGAACGACAAUUUGUGGAUGAGUUUGGGCGUCAGUUUUUCGAAACGCUGGUCGUUGACAAUGAAAAUGCACCCCAGAUGAUUCAUCAGACUCAUGGUAGUGCCAUCAAAAAGGAAGAAGGAGGAGGAAGUGGAGGAGACAAUGGCAUGGAUCAGAGUAUACGCUUGGGUGUCUUUGGUUCAUGGCCUGAUACCGUCACGGAAAGUCCCAUAUGGCGUGGUUUCUUGAAAGGAUUGAUGAGUAAUCCACUUGUCAAUGAAGCAUGGCCCAACACGUUUAUAUACUAG